AAAAUGUUUGUUUUGAAAGGGGAUGGAAGAUAAAGUUACGGAGGACAAGAGCCGAGCAUGGCGAUCAUUCAUUCCUUUCAGUCCUAUCUGAACUUGCGAAGCCACACUCAUGGCCAUUCCACACAUCACCGAUUAACGACUAUAAGUAGAUGCAAACCCAAACUCAAUUCCAUAUCUCGAAUUGCUUGCUCAAGCUCAAGCUCAAGUUCCAGUCACAGCAAUGCAUUACUCUUUGAAGCAGCUAAACACACGGUGGAUACAUAUGUGGAAAGUGGCAUGGUGGUUGGAUUAGGAUCUGGUGCAGCCUCAUCUUUGGCAAUACAUUAUUUGGGUCAGAAACUUAGUGUUGGUCAAUUAAAAGAUGUUGUUGGAAUACCCACAUCUGUUGGAAGUGCAAGUGAUGCAGCAAAAGCAGGAGUACCCUUGCAUCAGUACCAACAUAGUUUACAAAUUGAUUUUACAUUCAAUGAUGCUGACAUCAUGGAAGAAGUAAGCCUAAAUGCAGUUAUUGGGCGCCAGAGACUUGAGGGGGAUGAGUCUAUAAUUGAAGAGAAGAAAAUAUUAGAUGUGACAAAGAAUCUUGUUCUAAUGGUGACUGAAAAACAGUACAAAAGUGGUGUUGAGGGUUCGAUCCCUGUUUUAGUCAACUCUGUGGGGUGGAUGGAGACUGCAGAAGAGAUUGAUGAUCUUUUUGUAGGAGAUGCUGAGGUAUGGAGAAGAGCAUGUAUAGGGAGAGGGCAUGCGGGCCCCACGGGGGGUGACUUUCCAGUAGUGACAAGAGAAGGACAUAAUGUUCUUGAUGUCAUAUUUACAUCCCCUAUACCCAACCUUGCUGAAAUAGCAAAACUCCUUGACAACAUAGAUGGGGUUGCAGGCCAUGGGAUCAUUACCAAAACCCCUUGUAGAGCAGUGAUCGCUGCACAAUCAGGGCUUUGCAUCAUUGAUAAUGCUACUACUACUGUAAAUAACUACUAAAUACUGAUAUCAGAAGCAGGGCUUGCUAUAAAUUGUAUCAACUAUAUCUCCCUUCGUUUCAUAUAUAAAACUUAAAUAUAAUUAAAUAUAAGAAAUAGCAACAUACUUACAUUCAUAA